AUGAAGGACGAGUGUGCUGUUACGCCCAUAGCAGAGUACAUAGGCUUGAGGCCCAAGAUGUACUCCAUCCUGAAGGCCAACAAUGGUGAGAUCCAAAAGUCCCUCGGCCGUUCAAGGAUGUCUGUUGUCGAGGACCACGACAUGGGAGGUAACUCUAUUAGCUUCCUGGAGGUCGAUGGCUUUCGGUAUCCCAUCGUUGACCCGGAAAUAGUUAAGGGCAUGUCGCAGCUGAAGGUCAAGGAUGACGAUAUAUUAUUACUGGCAUAUCCCAAAUCAGGUACACACUGGCUUUGGGAAAUCACUUCCAUGCUGCUCCAGGGUAAAGCAGAGACCAUCCCUCACUGGAAGAGUAAACUCAUGGUGGAGCUCCAGUCACAGGAAGUCAUAGACGAAUUCCCAGGAUCCCCUCGCGUCCUCAACACGCAUGUCCGGGUCCUUCAUUAUUUUGCUCCCCUUAUAGUAGAAGCGGGUGUCAGGGUGUGCAUCUCUCAAGCGGUUGAGUUCUUUUCGCUGAUAGGUGCGGACUACGGAUCCUGGUUUGACUAUGUCCUCGAGUGGGAGAAGGACAUCGAGGCCCAGCAAGACCAACACCCAAUACACAUAAUGUACUAUGAAGACAUGAAGCAGAACCCCUUGAUCGAAAUCCGGAAGUUGGCAGUGUUUCUGGGAGUACAUGCUGAUGACUCACUGUACAGCCCCGUGGCAGAGAAAUGCCAAGUGGGAGACUGGCAGAACUGGCUGACACCGGAACAGAACGAAAUCUUUGACAAGGUGUACCAGGAGAAGAUGAAGGACAGCAAGUUCAAGGACAAAAUCAGGUUCACGCUGACAUAG